AUGGCUAGGGAGGAGGCGGUGACUGACGUGUUGACGGACUCAUUUGGGCGGCAGCACAGCUACCUGCGCAUCUCGCUGACGGAAAAGUGCAACCUGCGGUGCUCCUACUGCAUGCCUGCUGAAGGGGUGGAGCUCACGGCGAAAGAGCACCUGCUGUCAACGGACGAGGUCAUUCGCCUGGCGUCGGUGUUUGUGUCGCAAGGCGUGAGUAAGAUCAGGCUGACAGGCGGCGAACCCACAGUGCGGCGAGACAUUGUUGACAUCUGCCAGUCGCUGUCUGCUUUGCCAGGUCUCCACACACUAGCGCUCACCUCCAACGGCAUUCUCCUGCCGGCCAAGCUGCCAGCGCUGAAGGACGCCGGGCUCACCCACCUGAACGUCAGCCUAGACACCCUCGUGGAGCCCAGGUUCGAGCUGCUCACCCGCCGAAAGGGCCAUGCGCGCGUGCUCAGAGCUAUUGAGAUGGCUCUUGAGCUUGGAUUCAAGCCGCUCAAGCUCAACUGUGUGGUGAUGCGCGGGGUAAACGACGACGAGAUUCUCGACUUUGUGGCUCUCACCAGGGACCGCCCGAUCAACGUGCGGUUUAUUGAGUUCAUGCCCUUCGACGGCAAUGUGUGGAAGACUAAGAAGAUGGUGCCUUAUGCUGAAAUCAUGGCCCGCAUUAGGGAACGUCAUCCCGACAUAGCUCGUCUCAGAGACCACCCAUCAGACACGGCGAAGAACUUUCAGGUGCCGGGCUUCGCAGGCAGCGUUUCGGUCAUCUCGUCCAUGACCAGCCACUUCUGCUCGGGCUGUACGCGCCUGCGCUUGUUAGCUGAUGGGAACCUCAAAGUGUGCCUGUUCGGGCCCAACGAGGUGAGUUUGAGGGAUGCGUUGAGGCAGGGAGCAAUGGAGGAGGAGCUGCUCUCUCUAAUCUCUGCUGCAGUGAAGCGGAAAAAGGCUGCUCAUGCAGGCAUGCUAGAGAUCGCCAGAACACACAAUAGACCGAUGAUAACCAUUGGUGGUUAG